AUCAAAGAAGUCCUUGAGAGCCCUCAUUUACUGACCGUGAUCAAAAUAGAAGGAGCUGGAGAUGAAAUUGUGAGCAAUGCCAUUUCCUUUGCCCUGUACAAAGCGUUCAGCACCAACGAGCACAACAAGGAUAACUGGAACGGGCAGCUGAAGCUGCUGCUGGAGUGGAACCAGCUGGAGCUGGCCAGCGAUGAGAUCUUCACCAACGACCAAAACUGGGAGUCUGCUGACCUGCAAGAUGUGAUGUUCACAGCCCUGGUGAAAGACAGGCCCAAAUUUGUCCGGCUCUUCCUGGAGAACGGCUUGAAUCUACGGAAGUUCCUCACCACUGAGGUCCUGAGGGAGCUGUACACCAACAACUUCAGCAGCUUGGUGUUCAAGAACCUGCAGAUUGCCAAGAACUCCUAUAAUGAUGCCCUCCUCACCUUCGUGUGGAAGAUGGUGGAGGAUUUCCGGAGAGGUUUCAAAAGAUACUACAAAAACAGCAAGGAUGAGAUGGAGAUCCAGCUCUCAGAGGAGUGUCCUGUCACAAGGCACCCAUUGCAAGCUCUGUUUAUUUGGUCAGUUCUUCAGAACAAGAAGGAGUUGUCCAAAGUCAUUUGGGAGCAA